AUGAAAGUUCACAAUACCUUUAAAGACUUAAUAAAACUUAAUAACAAUUUGAGAAAGGAAGAAAUACUUAUCUUAUUUUUUCAUAGUAGUCUUUUGGAUUAUAAUUUUAUUUACGAAUUAGAAGAUGAAAAAAAAUCUUUAACAUUAGAAAAUGAAAAUAUAAAAAUUUCCGGAGGUUAUAUAAAAUAUACAGUUGAUGAUAAGAAAGAAAAUUUUUUUAUAGGUAGAAUAUUAAUAGAUCCAGAAUGGAGAAAAAACUCGAAUAAUUAUAAUUUCAUAUAUAAGAAUCUAGAAAAUAAUGAUAAAUACAACCUAAAUAUAUUGAAAAUAGAUAAUUCAUUAGUUCUUCAAGUAAUUAAUAUGGCAGAACCCUCUUCAAUACAUUCAGUUACAAUAAAAAUAGAUGAAUAUAUAAAUAGUGAUAAUGAAAUUAAUAUAGAGAACAUAGAAGAAAGUAUUAAAAUAGAAAAAUUAGAAAAUGUAUUUCAAGCACAAAUAUUGAGAAACAUGAAAUUUAGUCACACUGAUAAGAUUGCUAGUAAUAAUUUAAUUAAUCAAUCCAAUAUAAAUGAGUUACGUAAUCCAAAUUAUAACACUAGUUAUGAUUCUCAUUUUAUCGGAAAUUUUAAUGACGAUUAUUUUGAUGAUAAAAAUCCAGUAAUAGGGGAAAAUAUCUUUCCAAAUUUGAGAAGGAAAAAUAAUAUUGUAAAACCAGAUGGAUUGUUAGUAGGUCCCAAUAAUAAAUUUUUCGAUCCCAAAAAUUUGCGUUAUGAUCCUAUAGGGCCAUUUGGGCUUGAACCAAAUUCAGAUAAGCCUUUUGAAUUUAAAAAUAAUUUUGAUUUUUAA